AUGAUGGACAGAUCCUCACCGCCGGCAUCAUCAUUUGAAAAUACUCAACAGCCGACCAGCGAGCCACAUCUAACAUCAGCUGUUAUCCAGCGGCUUAAACCCCAACUAUCGGAGUUACAAAAGAAGAGAAAGAAUCGUCAAAAAACUUUGAAACAACGCGCUCGAAAAUUUGCAACAGAAAUUAUCCGACGUAAUAUUUACAAAUUGUGGUCGGCGAAAAAAAUCAUUGAAGUGUUAGAUAGAAAAGGAAUUCCGCACUCAAGAGUCCUCACACGAGUAUCACCGACAACUGGCACACAUCACGUAUUUAUUGGUCUUCAGAAAUCGGACGAUUUCCAGCGCUGGGAUAAAUUAACAAGUGAUUGGUUUACCGAGGCACAUUAUAAUAAAGUCGACCUGCCUCAUCGUCGAACAUCAACAUCAAGAGAUCGGUCUAAUAGACCAGAUCAUUCAGCUCAUCCAGAAGCAUUUGAUCCUCGUUCAACACCAACAGAUCGAUCAUUCAGAUCUGAUCAUUCCCAUCAACCAACACCAGCAAAUCCCGGUGAAGGAACACGAACAGUAACUGGUAGUCAUCGUCAACAGUACAAGUAUCAUCACAAAUCCCGGUGA